AUGGAAGCGGAUAUGAUUCAACUGAUGUACCAGUUGAACAAAGACGAAGCUCUGAAAAGACUUCCGGUCAUUCUCUUUCUGACAAUUUUAGCCAUAUUUGGAAUAGUCGGUAAUAUCCAUGUGUGGUUUAUCUUUAAGUGUCAUUUAAAAAGUUCGACAUAUCGAGUGUUCGUUUUGUUCAUGGCGAUGAUAGAUAUUUUCUGCUGUUUUGUGGUGAUCCCAUUUGAGAUUGUGGACGAGUUAUUUCCCUUCGCAUAUACGGAAUUAAUAUCAUGCAAGAUUUUCCGGUUCAUCAGCACGGCUGUAACAAUGGCCUCCUUGUUUAUGCUUGUUGUGAUAUCUUUUGAAAGAUAUGGCAAGAUUCGAACACCAGAUGGUAUUGUCAUGUCUAAAACGGUCGCCAUAUUUUCUUCAUCAGUUGUUCUCAUAGCAGCAACUGUAUUCACAUUUCCGGCAAUUUACGUGUAUGGGCGUAGAACGAUUACGAACAUUACCGAAAUCAGUUACAAUGGUAACCAUACAAUGAACGUUAGCGUGACCGGGUACGACUGCACGUGGGGAAAUAACAUGGAAGAUACGCUUUAUUUUCAAUUCUAUCACGUGUGGAUUCUUAUAACUACUAUAGGUUGUAUGCUUAUAUUAGCUGUGGUCUACAGUCUAAUUUUGGCGACACUGGGACGAAACAUUAUUCUGACACGCAGAUAUUCCGUUUGUGAUACUCGUUCCAGUUCGUUGAUUCCCGUUCAACAUACCGAUGAAAUUACAGGAAGUAAAAAUAAACGUUUAGAUCAAGGAGAAAGUGUCUCCAAACACACAGAUGAUCGAAAACGAAAUGUACAAAUGAAUGAAAAUGUAAUGUCAAUAGUAUCUAUUGUUAAAACAGAUCAUGACGAAAACUUGGAUAACAGUUUGGAAGCAUCUAAAAAAAAUUGCAAAGAAGUUUCAGCGUUGAAUGUUAACGAUGACAACUCGGCAACACAGAAGAACGGAUCUAGUUCGCAUGAAAUAUCAAAUGAUCAAAAAAAUGCUUUUGAUUAUAUCUACUCUGCCAAAGCGCAGUUGCUGAGAGAGAAAGUGCGUCAUGCAACAACGGUUAAUGAAAAGGAACUUCCGGUCACAAAGGUUGCUUUCGCUCUUUCUUUGCUGUUCGUUGUCUGCUGUAUUCCACACAUUGUGUGUCUCAUUGCUUACUUAUCAAAUGCUUCCUACGUUGUUGGAAUGUCGACACCGGAACAUGUCUUAUAUCUCAUUGGCUUCCGGUUGCACUUGAUUAACAAUGUAAUGAAGUCAGUUGUGUACGGAUGUCUGGACCGACAGUUUCGGACGAACGUUGUUAAAGUAUAUCGUUCUUUUUUUGCAAGAUGCAAGAACUUGGUAGCAUAUGACCCAAAGUAA